CGGUGUUCUCAUCCAAAAACGCAGAUAGAGUACGAAUACGUACCGGUGAAGGUAGUAGGUAUCCUGGAAGUUUUUCGUUGCAGCGCCAUUACGGUGCGAGAUCUAUCACCAGACACACGAGACUCACCCACCCCUGUUGUCACCGUCUAUUCCACAAUUUUCAACGACAGUAAUUGAAAAAUGAAGACUGCAUUCUGCCUAGCAACCAUCUUGGCUUCGGCCUCCGCCUUCGCCCCUGCUUCGAAGCCUGCCUUCAGGUACGAAUGACAAUACCGUUGAGUUCCUGCAACUGAUGUCGAAUCACUUCGAUUUCAGCAAACUUCUGUUAGAGUAGAUGCAAUUGCAUCGAAGACGCCAUCAUAUUUUAUGAUUUUGUAGACGGCACUUUCAGGCUGUUAAGGUGUCAGUUUACCGUAAUUGUGCACUAAAAGAUCAUUGGGUGGUCGAAUUGCAUCAUUUAUGGGAGAAUCCUUGGCGUCACACUUCAAAAGGCGACAUUUCAGACAACUUCCAAAAAACUUUCAUCUAACUCUUCAAUUGCCUUGCUCUAAAUUAAUUUCGUUGCCACAGCACUCAAAUUGCCGCUGAGGAUUUCCUCGAGGCCGAGCCUUACUAUGACCAAUCUACUGUCCCUGUGAAUGUCUGGAAGAACAAGGCUCCUUUCACCGGAAAGAUUGUCUCGACCAAGCGCAUUGUCGGACCUCAGGCUACUGGAGAGACUUGCCACAUCAUCAUCGAUCACGAUGGAGACUUCCCUUACUGGGAGGGACAAUCGUGGGGUGUCAUCCCUCCAGGAACCCGAGAGAAGGACGGAAAGCCCCACUCUGUUCGUCUUUACUCUAUCGCCUCCUCCCGUUACGGAGACGACAAGACCGGAAAGACUGGAUCCCUUUGCGUUCGUCGUGCCACCUACUGGUGCCCUGAGCUCAAGGCCGAGGACCCAGCCAAGAAGGGAAUCUGUUCCAACUUUUUGUGCGACACCCAACCCGGUGAUGAGGUCACCAUGACCGGACCUGCCGGAAAAGUUAUGCUCAUGCCUGAGGAAGACCCCAAGACCGAUUUGAUCAUGGUUGCCACAGGAACUGGAAUUGCCCCUUACCGUGGAUUCAUCCGUCGUCUUUUCGCCGAGGACACCCCUGCUGCCGAGGCCUACAAGGGACAAGCCUGGUUGUUCCUUGGAGUUGCUAACUCUGAUGCUCUCCUUUACGAUGAUGAAUUCCAAGCCGCCAAGAAGGCCUUCCCCGAAAACUUCCGUCUUGACUAUGCUCUCUCACGUGAACAGACCAACGUCAAGGGAGGAAAGAUGUACAUCCAAGACAAGGUUGAGGAAUACGCUGACGAAGUCUUCGAGAAGCUCGAAAACGGCGCACACAUCUACUUCUGUGGAUUGAAGGGAAUGAUGCCUGGAAUCCAAGAUAUGCUCAAGGGUGUUGCAGAGAAGAAGGACAUCGACUACGACGAAUGGUUGAAGAAGUUGAAGAAGGCCAAGCAAUGGCACGUCGAAGUCUACUAAGCAUUUCAUUUGUCUGUAUCAACGACACGAUGGGUUCCUUUUAGAAAUUCAUUUCGACAAUGCUAGUAACGCUAUGUUAUCAUUUUUCUAUCUACUCUGUAACUCUACUGCCUGUCCCUAGACUUUUUAAAUUGUGCCUAGAAGCAUUUCUUUGUUUCUCGAACAGUGUCACAAAAAGCGUCGCCCACUAUUGAUAACCUUCUUUUGAGAUUGAAGUCAGAGGCGCUUUUCUCUUUAAGUCUGACGAUCGUACUAUAUGAUUGUAUCGGUGAAGUGUGUGUGUCGUCUUGUCAUUUAAAACGAAGAGAAAAGAUUGUUGUCUUUGUUUCUCCUUGUUCUGCAGGAUGUAAGGGAAACUAUAAAUUAUUUUCAAACAAAUUUACUAAGUGAGGGCCCAUUCGUAGAACGCAAAGAUGAGUGUUGGGUGUGCGGAUUGCUGUCACUCACUAUUCACUCGUGAAUUACUAAGUGGUACUGUCUCACACGCAAAUGAGGAAAGGUGUAUUUUUAUUUUUAAAGCCUCAACCUUAUUCAGAAUGUGAUUCGAAAGAAGAAGCGUGCGCGACGCGCACAAUAGAACUUUGUGGUAUGGGUAAAAAAAUCGUCAUCAAAAUCGACAGAUUGUUUGCUGGCCUCGGUUCUUUCCCCACAUCAAAAACAACAUCCUUCGAUUCCAACAAACCUCACAAAAAACGCCAAAAAUACCGAAACAUGAAACUGUCGCUUUCUGUAUGUCUUGCGGCUACUGCCGCCGCCUUUUGCCAGGGCUUCACUCCUACGGCAUCCUCCACACGACAAAGCACAGCUAUUCGGAAUACGCCUGCCAUGGGCCCAUGGACCAUGAUGCCUGACGAACCGACACCCGAGGUGAGUUCAUUUUUCGAGUUUCCCAUAUCUUCCAUUCCACGUGUCUGAACAGGCGCUAAAUCAGUGCCGAUGGGAUUUUUCCGAAACUUAAAUCGACGAGGAUGGCAGCCAUGGUCACGGCUAUGAUGCAAAAUCAAGCUGGAAUACCCCAACUCUUAACCCAUUGGUUCGAAUUUGAAUUAUGUUGGAUCUUUAGUUGCCACUCUCACGUUCACUACCUCACGAAAAAUCCUUUCUAAUUCGCUAUACUUACUUGGAACGGCACAAUCUCCGAAUGGUUUCAAUCCAUAUAUUUGUCCGAACGAAACAAUUGACAUUUGACUCGACCCGCCCUCUGAUGAAACAAAAUGAAAUUCAUUGUGCUCCUUCAAAUGGUUGUGCAUCGGCUUCCUUCCACCUGAUUACACGACUGGCAAAAUGAUUUUUUGCUUUGAAUUAAAUAUUGAUGAUUGUUGUAUGCACACGACAAACACCAUUUCAUGACUAUCUCAUCAUUCAUCCCAGGUCGACCCCCGUCGCCGCAACCCCGAUGAGCAGCCCCCUUCCAACCCCGUUCGAAUGCCUGUUAUUGACACCGAU